AUGUCUUCGUAUCGACUUGAUACGCCAUUUAAUUCGUUGACAAUCACCUCAGCGUCAUCAAUAUCGACAACAACUAUGACAACAACAGCGGCUGCUGCUAAUCGUUAUUUAUUAGAUGCCGAUCCUCGACGUUUAUCUACCGUAAAUACGACAAAUACGAAUAUAUCUGGUGCAAAUCUCCACCAACGUCGUACAUCAAUUGUUAAUCAUCAUCAUCAACGUCGAAAUUCUCAAUUGCGUAAAUCAAGUUUUAGUACUUCAACAUUGGUAUGUGUGACAAAAUCUAAUUAG